CAGACCUCAUCGAACCGUUGCUAGAUUUUCGACUAAGCGCAGUUUUAAAUUCAGAUAUGUCUGAUUUGGGAGAGAAUACAGAUCCUCCGUCUAAUGACAGGGCUAAAGUAGCUAUUGCCUUCUCUAUUGUCGCUAUUUCGUUCGUGGGAGCUGUAUUUAUAAUAUGGAUCAUUAACUCGCGCAAUAAACUCAUUUUGAUGAAGAAGCUAAAACGGAUUUGUUGCUUAUGGAGAAAUAUUCUGAGAAGUGAGAAUGAUACAGUUCAAGAUGAAAGUCAUACCACUGCUUCUGAUGCGAUAAGCGUCAUCAGCAAGCUCAGCUACUCUGUUCCUAUGAACUCAAAAAAUAACGAAGGAGUUGAGAAAACAUUCCAAGUAGACGAUGUAAAACCAUCAUUUACCUUGGACACCGUCAACGAAGUCGAAGAGGAACCAGUGGCCAAACAAACAGGCAGUUCAGAUAAAUUAGAAUCUAGCUGCAGCUCGUCACCAUUUAGGUCAACAAGUGUCAACCAGAAGAAACUUCUGCAAAUCGUGACAAUCGCGGUGAAUCAAAUUCAGACUCGACAGCAGUGAUGCUACUUGAGAGCAAAGAAGAAAACAAAAUGGCAAGAACUAAAAUUAUACCGCCGUGACUCAUUAUUAUUAACAUUUUAAUCUCAAC